AUGACCACGACAUUUGCGUUACUCGGAGCCACUGGCCUUGUGGGAAGCAAUAUUCUCAAAUAUCUGAUCCAAUCACCAACGCCCAGCGCAAUCGUCACCCUCACACGUCGUGAGCACGAUGAGACCAUAGUUUCGUCAGCAGCCGCUGCAAACCACACCCUCACAGCCAAAAUCGACAAAGAUACUUCGAAAUGGGCCACUAUCUUCGGCGAGGCCUGUAAAGUGUCUCCACCCCCCAUUGUAUUUACGGCGUUGGCCACCACCCGUGCUGCUGCUGGCGGUCUCGACAAACAGUAUGCCCUUGAACACGAUGUCAAUGUCGCAGUAGCAAAGGCCGCAAAGGAAGCUGGUGUUAAGACCUUUGUCCUGAUUUCCGCUUCUCGGGCCGACAAAGACAGUCAUAUGGGGUAUACUAAACUGAAGGGAGAUAUUGAGCAUCAUAUUGAAGAGUUUGGGUUCGAGAGAUUCAUAAUCUUGAGACCUGGGUUACUGCUUGGCUCUAGGAAUGAAACUAGGAUUGCAGAAGGCAUCCUACAAGCCGUUGCAAAUGGAUUACGUAGGAUUAGCGGAGGGUAUUUGUCGGAUUCUUGGGCACAGGCUGGGGAUGUAGUGGCCAGAGCAGCUGUGCGAGCAGCCCUAGAUGAUAAUGUCAAGGGCAAAAAGAUAUUAUACCAGAAUGAUAUUGUGGAGCUGGGCAAUAAGGAAGGCUGGUAA